AUGGCAAGGAUGGGCGGUGGUGGGAUGGGGAGUGCUGGGAGGGGGGGGGGUGCUGGGAUGGUGAGUGCUGGGAUGGUGAGUGAUGGGAUGGUGAGUGAUGGGAGGGUGAGUGCUGGGAUGGUGAGUGCUGGGAUGGUGAGUGCUGGGAUGGUGAGUGAUGGGAUGGUGAGUGAUGGGAUGGUGAGUGCUGGGAUGGUGAGUGAUGGGAUGGUGAGUGAUGGGAUGGUGAGUGCUGGGAUGGUGAGUGCUGGGAUGGUGAGUGCUGGGAUGGUGAGUGCUGGGAUGGUGAGUGAUAGGGAUGGUGAGUGCUGGGAUGGGAUGGUGAGUGCUGGGAUGGUGAGUGCUGGGAUGGUGAGUGCUGGGAUGGUGAGUGCUGGGAUGGUGAGUGCUGGGAUGGUGAGUGCUGGGAUAGUGAGUGCUGGGAUGGUAAGUGCUGGGAUGGUGAGUGCUGGGAUGGUAAGUGCUGGGAUGGAAAGCCUGUCAUCUGUGGAGCUACUCAACAACGUUCGCACACCCGCACAACAGCAGUGGGUUAGAGACGAGGCAGCUGGAGUCGCUGCCGGAGCGGAUGACAAUCCGCUGAAGUUGUACUCAACGUUCGACAUCGACGUUGGAUCAUUGCCGUGGGGAAAUCCUUUUCUCGCUGUCAUGGCGGACAUCAUGCACCAGGCAGACCUGGGGAUGCUGGACCACAUCGUGGUGUUGAUCUUUUUGGUGGCUGACGUUGUCGGCUCGCCCCAGCUGGAGGCCAUCAGAGCAUACCUUGACUGCAACGUGGCCACCGACCAAGGCGUGCAAACGGCUAUGCAAAAGGUAGGUGCUGCGAGGGGAGGCGCUGAGAUGGUGAGUGCGAUGAGGGGAGGUGCUGAGAUGGUGAGUGCGGUGAGGGGAGGUGCCGAGAUGGUGAGUGAUGUGAGGGGAGGUGCUGAGAUGGUGAGUGCUGUGAGGGGAGGCGCUGAGAUGGUGAGUGCUGUGAGGGGAGGUGCUGAGAUGGUGAGUGCUGUGAGGGGAGGUGCUGAGAUGGUGAGUGCUGUGAGGGGAGGCGCUGAGAUGGUGAGUGCUGUGAGGGGAGGUGCUGAGAUGGUGAGUGCUGUGAGGGGAGGUGCUGAGAUGGUGAGUGCUGUGAGGGGAGGUGCUGAGAUGGUGAGUGCUGUGAGGGGAGGUGCUGAGAUGGUGAGUGCUGUGAGAGGAGGUGCUGAGAUGGUGAGUGCUGUGAGGGGAGGCGCUGAGAUGGUGAGUGCUGUGUGGGGAGGUGCUGAGAUGGUGAGUGCUGUGAGGGGAGGCGCUGAGAUGGUGAGUGCUGUGAGGGGAGGUGCUGAGAUGGUGAGUGCUGUGAGGGGAGGUGCUGAGAUGGUGAGUGCUGUGAGGGGAGGUGCUGAGAUGGUGAGUGCUGUGAGAGGAGGUGCUGAGAUGGUGAGUGCUGUGAGGGGAGGCGCUGAGAUGGUGAGUGCUGUGUGGGGAGGUGCUGAGAUGGUGAGUGCUGUGAGGGGAGGCGCUGAGAUGGUGAGUGCUGUGAGGGGAGGUGCUGAGAUGGUGAGUGCUGUGAGGGGAGGUGCUGAGAUGGUGAGUGCUGUGAGGGGAGGCUCUGAGAUGGUGAGUGCUGUGAGGGGAGGUGCUGAGAUGGUGAGUGCUGUGAGGGGAGGUGCUGAGAUGGUGAGUGCUGUGAGAGGAGGUGCUGAGAUGGUGAGUGCUGUGAGGGGAGGCGCUGAGAUGGUGAGUGCUGUGUGGGGAGGUGCUGAGAUGGUGAGUGCUGUGAGGGGAGGCGCUGAGAUGGUGAGUGCUGUGAGAGGAGGUGCUGAGAUGGUGAGUGCUGUGAGGGGAGGUGCUGAGAUGGUGAGUGCUGUGAGGGGAGGCGCUGAGAUGGUGAGUGCUGUGAGGGGAGGUGCUGAGAUGGUGAGUGCUGUGAGGGGAGGUGCUGAGAUGGUGAGUGCUGUGAGAGGAGGUGCUGAGAUGGUGAGUGCUGUGAGGGGAGGCGCUGAGAUGGUGAGUGCUGUGUGGGGAGGUGCUGAGAUGGUGAGUGCCGUGAGGGGAGGUGCUGAGAUGGUGAGUGCUGUGAGGGGAGGUGCUGAGAUGGUGAGUGCUGUGAGGGGAGGUGCCGAGAUGGUGAGUGCUGUGAGGGGAGGUGCUGAGAUGGUGAGUGCUGUGAGGGGAGGUGCUGAGAUGGUGAGUGCGGUGAGGGGAGGUGCUGAGAUAGUGAGUGCUGUGAGGGGAGGUGCUGAGAUGGUGAGUGCUGUGAGGGGAGGUGCUGAGAUGGUGAGUGCUGUGAGGGGAGGUGCUGAGAUGGUGAGUGCUGUGAGGGGAGGUGCUGAGAUGGUGAGUGCUGUGAGGGGAGGUGCUGAGAUGGUGAGUGCUGUGAGGGGAGGUGCUGAGAUGGUGAGUGCUGUGAGGGGAGGUGCUGAGAUGGUGAGUGCUGUGAGGGGAGUUGCUGAGAUGGUGAGUGCUGUGAGGGGAGGUGCUGAGAUGGUGAGUGCUGUGAGGGGAGGUGCUGAGAUGGUGAGUGCUGUGAGGGGAGGUGCUGAAAUGGUGAGUGCUGUGAGAGGAGGUGCUGAGAUGGUGAGUGCUGUGAGGGGAGGUGCUGAGAUGGUGAGUGCUGUGAGGGGAGGUGCUGAGAUGGUGAGUGCUGUGAGGGGAGGUGCUGAGAUGGUGAGUGCUGUGAGGGGAGGUGCUGAGAUGGUGAGUGCUGUGAGGGGAGGUGCUGAGAUGGCGAUUGGUGUGAGGGGAGGUGCUGAGAUGGUGAGUGCUGUGAGGGGAGGCGCUGAGAUGGUGAGUGCUGUGUGGGGAGGUGCUGAGAUGGUGAGUGCCGUGAGGGGAGGUGCUGAGAUGGUGAGUGCUGUGAGGGGAGGUGCUGAGAUGGCGAUUGGUGUGAGGGGAGGUGCUGAGAUGGUGAGUGCUGUGAGGGGAGGUGCUGAGAUGGUGAGUGCUGUGAGGGGAGGUGCUGAGAUGGUGAGUGCUGUGAGGGGAGGUGCUGAGAUGGUGAGUGCUGUGAGGGGAGGUGCUGAGAUGGUGAGUGCGGUGAGGGGAGGUGCUGAGAUAGUGAGUGCUGUGAGGGGAGGUGCUGAGAUGGUGAGUGCUGUGAGGGGAGGUGCUGAGAUGGUGAGUGCUGUGAGGGGAGGUGCUGAGAUGGUGAGUGCUGUGAGGGGAGGUGCUGAGAUGGUGAGUGCUGUGAGGGGAGGUGCUGAGAUGGUGAGUGCUGUGAGGGGAGGUGCUGAGAUGGUGAGUGCUGUGAGGGGAGGUGCUGAGAUGGUGAGUGCGGUGAGGGGAGGUGCUGAGAUAGUGAGUGCUGUGAGGGGAGGUGCUGAGAUGGUGAGUGCUGUGAGGGGAGGUGCUGAGAUGGUGAGUGCUGUGAGGGGAGGUGCUGAGAUGGUGAGUGCUGUGAGGGGAGGUGCUGAGAUGGUGAGUGCUGUGAGGGGAGGUGCUGAGAUGGUGAGUGCUGUGAGGGGAGGUGCUGAGAUGGUGAGUGCUGUGAGGGGAGGUGCUGAGAUGGUGAGUGCUGUGAGGGGAGUUGCUGAGAUGGUGAGUGCUGUGAGGGGAGGUGCUGAGAUGGUGAGUGCUGUGAGGGGAGGUGCUGAGAUGGUGAGUGCUGUGAGGGGAGGUGCUGAGAUGGUGAGUGCUGUGAGAGGAGGUGCUGAGAUGGUGAGUGCUGUGAGGGGAGGCGCUGAGAUGGUGAGUGCUGUGUGGGGAGGUGCUGAGAUGGUGAGUGCUGUGAGGGGAGGUGCUGAGAUGGUGAGUGCUGUGAGAGGAGGUGCUGAGAUGGUGAGUGCUGUGAGGGGAGGCGCUGAGAUGGUGAGUGCUGUGUGGGGAGGUGCUGAGAUGGUGAGUGCCGUGAGGGGAGGUGCUGAGAUGGUGAGUGCUGUGAGGGGAGGUGCUGAGAUGGUGAGUGCUGUGAGGGGAGGUGCCGAGAUGGUGAGUGCUGUGAGGGGAGGUGCUGAGAUGGUGAGUGCUGUGAGGGGAGGUGCUGAGAUGGUGAGUGCGGUGAGGGGAGGUGCUGAGAUAGUGAGUGCUGUGAGGGGAGGUGCUGAGAUGGUGAGUGCUGUGAGGGGAGGUGCUGAGAUGGUGAGUGCUGUGAGGGGAGGUGCUGAGAUGGUGAGUGCUGUGAGGGGAGGUGCUGAGAUGGUGAGUGCUGUGAGGGGAGGUGCUGAGAUGGUGAGUGCUGUGAGGGGAGGUGCUGAGAUGGUGAGUGCUGUGAGGGGAGGUGCUGAGAUGGUGAGUGCUGUGAGGGGAGUUGCUGAGAUGGUGAGUGCUGUGAGGGGAGGUGCUGAGAUGGUGAGUGCUGUGAGGGGAGGUGCUGAGAUGGUGAGUGCUGUGAGGGGAGGUGCUGAGAUGGUGAGUGCUGUGAGAGGAGGUGCUGAGAUGGUGAGUGCUGUGAGGGGAGGUGCUGAGAUGGUGAGUGCUGUGAGGGGAGGUGCUGAGAUGGUGAGUGCUGUGAGGGGAGGCGCUGAGAUGGUGAGUGCUGUGAGGGGAGGUGCUGAGAUGGUGAGUGCUGUGAGGGGAGGUGCUGAGAUGGUGAGUGCUGUGAGGGGAGGUGCUGAGAUGGUGAGUGCUGUGAGGGGAGGUGCUGAGAUGGUGAGUGCUGUGAGGGGAGGUGCUGAGAUGGUGAGUGCUGUGAGGGGAGGUGCUGAGAUGGUGAGUGCUGUGAGGGGAGGUGCUGAGAUGGUGAGUGCUGUGAGGGGAGGUGCUGAGAUGGUGAGUGCUGUGAGGGGAGGCGCUGAGAUGGUGAGUGCUGUGAGGGGAGGUGCUGAGAUGGUGAGUGCUGUGAGGGGAGGUGCUGAGAUGGUGAGUGCUGUGAGGGGAGGUGCUGAGAUGGUGAGUGCUGUGAGGGGAGGCGCUGAGAUGGUGAGUGCUGUGAGGGGAGGUGCUGAGAUGGUGAGUGCUGUGAUGGCCCAAACGCACCCUAUCGCCACGUCUCGUCGUGCGCUCGGAAAGAAGGACGGGGGUGAAGGCGGUGGCAAUGGGAAGGGCAAGGGCGGCGGCAACGGAAAGGGCGGUGGCAAGGGUGGCGGAAAGGGCGGCGGAAACGGCGGCGGCAACGGGAAGGGCAGAAAGGGAGGGGGAUGGAAGGGGCCCAAGAAGGGGAAGCAGAAGAUCGCGGGAGCGGCGUCGGCAACAUUGCGUGGAGAAGAGGUGGUGGACGCUAGCGGGAACUCGAUCGGCGAUAAAAACGCCACAGGGGUCAUCGAUCUCGUGCUCGUCCGGAACGACACCGUCUACGACCUCCACUUCCAAGUAGGCAUCGCGCUGACGGAUUCCGGCGAGCCGACGUCAGUCACCGUCAACGAAGGCGCCGAAGGAACUAACGGAAACGUGGUCAUCGACUUGACGGAAGACAUCACAUGGACGAACACCACCGGGACUGCCGCGGGCCCGCGCUACGGCCGGAAGAAGAAGGGCUGGGGUUGGGGGGGAGGCCGCAUGUUCCGGGGCCGAGACAACUCUCUGAGGGACAUGUACUCGUACUACACUAGGGGAGUCAUUCGCGACGCGUCGUCGCGCACUAAUGCGCAGGGCGACACGUACUUAGUGGCCAUGCAGAACCUUUUGGACUCGCCCAGGUCGUACUAUGGGCUCGUUAAGACUGACAUGUAUCCCGAAGGCGCGGCACGGGGGCAGUUCAGGAAGGGGCCUAAGGGAUGGGGCGUGUGGCGAAACCGGGGGUUCUGCUUUAAAUUCAACUGCUGA